UGGAAAAAGCAAGUAUAACAAAUAACCGACAUACGGGAAAGGUCUGCGAAGUCGCGUGUCUGCCAAAGUCAGGUAGGCAGUUCAUUUCAAAGUUUUGAACACGCGCGGUCCAUGGGGUGGUCAGUGAACAGGAACUCCAACACUGCCUUCAGAAAGUGAUCUCGGAUCAAUGUGCACGGAGCAGCACGUUCGGACGGAUCUGCCUUACUGGGCUUAAGCAGACCUCGGAGAAUAAAAGAUCAAAGCUGAGAAAUGCCCCGACCAGGAAGGAACACGUACAGCGAGCAAAAACCGCCCUAUUCCUACAUCUCUCUGACAGCCAUGGCAAUACAAAGCUGCCCGGAGAAGAUGCUACCACUUAGUGAGAUUUACAAGUUCAUCAUGGACAGGUUCCCCUACUACCGGGAAAACACGCAGCGCUGGCAGAACUCUCUUCGCCACAACCUUUCCUUUAACGACUGCUUCAUCAAGAUCCCGCGGAGGCCAGACCAGCCUGGGAAAGGGAGCUUCUGGGCUCUCCACCCCAGCUGCGGGGACAUGUUCGAGAACGGGAGUUUCCUGAGGCGCCGCAAGAGGUUCAAAGUUCCGGCGACACCCGACCCGGUAACACAGAACAAGCCCGCUGACACCACGCACUACCUUCAGCAACAAGCCAAACUUCGCCUGAGUGCUUUAGCGACCACCGGGACGCAUCUUUCGCAAAUGAACAAUUAUAAUUUCGGGGUGUCACCGCCGACUACGUUCAAACAUCCUUUUGCUAUAGAAAACAUAAUCGCCAGAGAUUACAAAAUACCGGGAGGCCUUACUUUCUCAACCAUGCAGUCCAUGCCUGCGGGUUAUCAGAUUCACAAUCAGCUGACCACAGCCUGGCCGCACAUGUACAACAGCAGCGUGAUGGACACAGCCGCACCGAUCUCAAUGCCAAGCGCCGAGUAUUCCGCCUACGGAGUUCCACUUAAAUCUCUAUGUCACGGUGCGCAAACUCUGCCGGCGAUUCCGGUCCCUAUCAAAGCCACUCCGCCCUCUGUCCCAAGGCUCGCGGCACUCCACGCGCAUCUCCCGGCCUUUCUUUCAGUCUCUCCCCAGUCCACGAGCCCAACGCCUCCGCACGUAGCCGCUACAAACAGCAGCUCCACCACUCACAGCAUGUCCGCGUCUCUACAGUCCGUCGCCGUUCACUGAAAAUGUCUUGGACUCAAAACUUUUGUCAGACACAGAAACUGGAAACCAAACUCAGAAGGCAAGAAAAUAUUUUUAUCGGUUACAAAAAAAUCAUAUGAACAUUUUUAUUUUCACGAAUUCGCGCAAUACUUUAGAUGUCAACGCAGACUGUGCGUUAGUAGAGGCAGCCGCGUAUGAAAUAUAUAAAAUUAUUCAAGGCCUGUUUUAUUUACUUUUAUUCAAACCGAGUUCAAAUGUUAUUAAUUACAUUACAUUACACGAUGUUACACUAUAUUAGCAACUAACUUAAAUGAAUCUAUUUUGCUGUGAAGCUCGUUUAAAAUGGCACAAGGCAAACAAAGUUUAAUCAGAGCCAGACUCUUAAACUGCAUAACGUAACAUAUUGAAGUGUACAUAACUUCCGUUAAAAGAGAAACUGUGCAUAUUCUGGUUUAAAAUGAUCACACACGGGAAUCACCAGACCUACUUGGAAAUGCAAGUUUCUAAAGUGCACAGUGCGAUGAUGUAAAAAACUGAGCUGAAAAUAUUUUAUAUGCACUUUUGUGAUGGUACAUAUACUGGAAGAACAGGUGCUGUUCGGAUAAUGCUUAUGUUAUCAGCUUUUGUGUGCAUGUGUAAUCAGUUCUGUAUAUUUGUACGUUUUCUGCAGAUAUUAGCAUGCUUUGUUGUAUUUGCUGCUAGCAUGCUACUUUUCAUAUGCGAUA